AUGGGUAUCAUUCAUAAUAAAACACUUGGUUAUUUCAUAAAUAGUAGUAGUAGUAAUAGUAGUAACAAACAUAAUAAUAAUAGUAAUCAACAUUAUCAUCAUCAUCAUCAUCAUCAUCAUAACAAUACAGGCUGUAUCAUCAACGCUAUAAACAAUAGUCAAUCUAUACUCUUAACACUUCCGCGCAUACUUAUCUUCACUAUCACAUCGUAUCUAAGUACCAUUGACAAACUAUGCUUUGCUCUCACCUGUAAGCAAUGGUUCCAAUUCCGCAGAAAGAUCCUGCAGAAUCUAUCAAAGAUCAAAAUCACACACAUACCCAUAACCAACACCAAAUUCCAAUUGACAGACACACCCGAACACAAAGGAAUAACAAAGACAAUCGAUGGUAAGUGUUAA